CAGUGUUCGAAGUCUGCAUUCCAACAGAAACCAUGUUCUCAACAAACUUCAUUUUCAGCGCUCUUGCUGUGGCAUGCUUAGCAUCUCUGACGUCAACUGGAGUGUCCAUGGAGCCGACUUCUGAAAUGGCUCCAGUGCCGACCCCAGUUUCAGCAACCUUGGACCCUUGUUUCUUGGUGCCAGACUCAGGGCCAUGCUACGGUGCUUUUCCGAGAUACUUCUAUAACCAGGAUACAAAGAAAUGCGCUCAAUUCAUAUGGGGCGGUUGUCAUGGUGUCGUGCCGUUUAAAACGCUUGAUCAUUGUAAGCGUGCUGCCUGUAAUCCAUGUGACCAAAAGCCGGAGGUAGGCCCGUGCAGGGCCCUGAUUCCAAAAUAUUUCUUCGACAAGCGGACAAGGAUGUGUGAGAGAUUCUUCUGGGGAGGCUGCCGUGGCAACGUUCCUUUUGAUACUCGGAAUGAUUGUCGAAGAGCUAGAUGUCGCAAGCAUUGAGUACUGCAUCCCUAAUACUACAAAGGAUGAGAGGACACAUCCCACACUAGAAACUGCAUUUCAGAGUAGGAGGAACUGAGGUUAGAAAGUCAAAACAGAGUUAAGGCAAGAAAAGAGACUUUUACGCGUUUACGGUAAAGAAAGAGAUCCAUGUAGACAA